AUGACGUCGACCUCGAAAAGGCCGCAUCUGUCGGCGCUUUCGGAUCGUUCAUGCACAGGGACAGAUCUGCAUGACCACCGGCCGCCAACUGGUCCACGAAAGUCGCACUCCGGACCCAUCAUCGACGCCAAACAACGCGACCACAUCCACUCUCUGGUCAACGGGAGCUAUCGCGGCCGGAGCAAAACUGGCGCUGGCGGCACCUACGAGGAUCUCUUCUACCGGCCCACCGUGCUAGCCGACACCCCACUGACCGCGCCGGCCUUCGCCGACGAGGUCUUCGGGCCAGUCGCACCGGUGACCUCCUUCGCCACCGUCGAACAAGCCGUCGCCAUAGCCAACGAUUCCGAGUACGGAUUGUCGCUGGGCAUUCUGACCUCCGACGCCAUGCGCGGACUCGAACUCGCUCAACAGAUUCCCACCGGCCUGGUCCACAUCAACGAUCAGACCGGUCGGCGACAGAAGCCGUCAUCCCGUUCGGCGGCAUGGCGUCUUCGGGUAACGGCGGCCAUGUCGGCGGUAUCGGUGCAAACCUCGAUGCCUUCACGGAAACACAAUGGCAUUUUCUCUUGUUGUUCCCGAGAAGGACCCGUUGACGAACACAGUUACGACGAGCAGUGCCGCGAGCCCCAGCGCUACGCCAACUGCCACCGAUUCCCCGGACCAGUCCGUAGCAAGAUCGCCGCGCCGGGAGGCCGUGAUCAUCGGCGCUUUGAGCCUGGCAGCGAUGAUCGUCUCGAUGAUGCAGACGCUGCCGGUUCCGAUCCUGGGACGGAUUCAGUCCGACCUCGGAGCCUCUCGUCCGCCGGCGUCAGUUGGGUGACGACGGCGACCCUGCUUUCCGCUGCCGUCUUCACUCCCCUGCUGGGACGCUACGGCGAUCAGCACGGCAAGAAGCGCACCUUGGUCGGCGUCCUCGUCGUCAUGGUGAUCGCUGAUCCUCGGCCGUGUACUCCAGGGAACAGCCACCGCGAUCUUCCCUCGCACUCCUCGGUCUUGCGCGAAGAGAUACGACCACAGAAGCUUCCCGGCGCCAUGGCCCUGGUCAGCGGAACUCUCGCGUUCGGCAGCGGUCUCGCCCUCGUGGCCACGGGUCUGCUCACAUCGGCUCCGGAUGCCGACUACCGCAACGCCUUCUGGAUGGCCACCGGAUUCGCAGUACUGGCCUUGACGUUGCCGUCGCCACGCUGGUCCCGCCCACCACGCACAAAAGCGGUGGGCGCGUGGACCUCAUCGGUGCGC